UGCUUCCGGUAAAAUGUAAACAUUCCCAAUUUUAAUCUUGAUCCUGAUCUUGAAGUGUUACGGUGAAACAUUGAAAACAUUUACUAACCGCGCGUGCGUCAAGUAGCUGUAAACUUACUCAGUUUUCGUGCCUCCCUCUAGUUUGAUUGAUAAACACAGAAACUCGUUUGUAUCUGUUUGUGAACCAAGUCCGUUGGAAGAGAGUUCUAGUCACAUAUUGUGUUUGGAAUAAAACUGAACUUCAAAAGACGCGUACAUAGAAGAGUCCUCUUUUGGCGGCCUCAACAAAGUUCAAAAUAAGAAAACAAAAAAACAGAAAGCAAUACCAGGGAAAGAGACAUGGAAAGGGAGAGUGGGAUUAUAAAGGACUUUGAUUCCACAACCCAAACUAGCGCAAACACUAUGUCUGCUAGGGUUAGUGUGGUGACCUUAAAUUCAGACCGAAAACUAGGUGACUUUAACUGUGUUUGCGUCAAAAUCGAGACUGAUGAAUGGUAUAAUGCGACUGCUGAUUUGUAUUCUGUGUGUGCCAAAUCAGAACAGGUUCUAUGCGAUCAGAAACAACCAGAUUGCAGCAAACAAGAUGGCUUCAAUUUAGUGCAUGAACAAAGAGGAUGUUUACAGAUGGAUCAAGAUUACACCAAACAAGAUGGCUUUACCUCUGAAUGUGAGAAAUCAGAACAGACAGAAUAUGAAAUUAUGCAACAAGAUGUCACCAAUUCUGUAUGUGUGAACAGAAACACGAUUGCCCAUUCAAAUGCAUAUACAGCACAAGAUGAGCUCCACUCUGUGUGUGGGAAAACAAAGCUGUCUCUAAAUCCAAUUACAAACCAGAGUUAUAUAACAAAAAAUGACCUCAGUUAUGUUUGUGUUAUAGCUAAACAGUAUAUAAAUACAGGUGUGGACCAUGGGAAUACAACAGCAAAUGAUCCAGAUGCUUUAUGUAAUCAUACAAAUUCAAAAACACCAGAGAAUCAAACCAAACUGGCCAACCUAAAUUCAGUAUUUUUACCUAGCGAAGAGAUUGAACUUUCAAAUGUUGACCAAUAUUGUGCUAGAGCAACUGUGGAUGGAGAGACAAUGAAAAUGGACCAUUGCUCAGACCUUAAUGUUCAAAGACAUUCAAACUCUGAAAAAGAUGACUCAGAUGAUGACUUUGUAGAGAUAUUCUUGGAAAGAGAUAAAAGGAAAAGCGAGAGCUCUAAUUCAACUCUUGCGGCACCAAAGAGAUUUCGAGGUGAAGAUUCCUCCAGUGGCAUAGUCCAGCCAAGGUGUCCUUCAGCAAGAGAGAAUGCAGAGAUUGCUGUGACAACGACUGUACCCCUUUCUCUGAAACCAGCUAAGAUGAAAUUGAACGCAACGUCUGACCGAGUGAAGAAGGUUAAUACCGUUAAGAGGAAGAAGAAAGCCAAGACCCCAGAAAAAGACAAAAAUGACUACAGUCUUCAAGAGAGGAACCUAGCCAGCUGUAUGAACUUGCAACCUAGAGAUAAUGACCAUUUUCUCUACUGUGGAGAAUGCAAAAAGGAGUUUGAAGGGGACUGCCCUGUCCAUGGACCCUAUAACUACAUACAGGACAAAGAGGUGCAAGAUGGGGACUCCUUUAAAGCUGACCAUACCUUGCCAGAUUGCCUUGUAAUCAAAACGUCCAAAAUAGCUGGAGCUGGUCUUGGAGUAUUUUCCAAAGAGGGACUGGAAUCCAGGGUCAUGUUUGGACCAUAUGGGGGCGAUAUCGUUGCUGACAACCAGAAGUCAGGAUAUUGCUGGCAGGUAAAGAUAUAUAAGGAAGGCAACGCGAGCCAUAUUGUGGAUGCCCAGAACAAGGCCACCUCUAACUGGAUGAUAUACGUGAACUGUGCAAUGACGGAGGCAGAUCAGAACAUUGUAGCAUUCCAGUACAAAGGAGGCAUCUAUUACUGCACAAUGAAGCCAGUUUCACCAGGAGAGGAAUUGCUGGUCUGGUACGGUGACGAAUUCGCCAGAGAACUUGGCGUCAUGAGAGACAAAAACGUGUGCAUUGAUUCCAGUAAAAACAGUGGUCACUUGAAGAUACACAUGAGGAAACAUACAGAAGAAAGACCAUACACGUGUGAGGUGUGUGGCUAUGAAUGUAAACAGAAAGGUAAUUUGAAAAGACACAUGAGGAUACACACAGGAGAAACACCGUACACGUGUGAGGUGUGUGAUUAUGAAUGUAAUGAGAAAGGUAAUUUGAAGAGACACAUGAGGAAACAUACAGAAGAAAGACCAUACAAGUGUGAGGUGUGUGGCUAUGAAUGUAAACAUAAAGGUAAUUUGAAAAGACACAUGAGGAUACACACAGGAGAAACACCGUACACGUGUGGUGUGUGUGAUUAUGAAUGCAAAGAGAAAGGUAAUUUGAAGAGACACAUGAUGAUACAUACAGGAGAGAAAUGGUACAAGUGUGAAGUGUGUGGCUUUCCAUGUAAACGUAGAGGUCACUUGCGGACACACAUUAGGAUACAUACAGGAGAAAGACAGUACAAGUGUGAAUUGUGUGGUUAUGAAUGUAACAGGAGUGGUAACUUGAAGAUACACAUGAAGAUGCAUACAGGAGAGAGACCAUACACAUGUAAGAUAUGUGAUUAUGCAUGUAAAGAGCGUGGUUCGUUGAAUAGACACAUGAGAAUACACACAGGAGAAAGACCGUAUAAAUGUGAGGAGUGUGAUUAUGCAUGUAAAUAUAGUAAUCAAUUGAAGGAACACAUAAGGAUACAUACAGGAGAAAGGCCGUAUAAGUGUGAGGUGUGUGGUUAUGAAUUUAAACGUAGUGGUAGCUUGAAGAAACACAUGAUGAUACAUACAGGAGAAAGACAGUACAAAUGUGAGGUGUGUGGCUAUGAAUGUAAAUUGAGUGAAAUCUUGAAGAUACACAUGAGGAUACAUACAGGAGAAAAACCGUACAAGUGUGGGGAGUGUGGUUAUGAAUGUAGCCAAAGUGGUACCUUGCAGAGACACAUGAAGAUACAUACAGGAGAGAGACCAUACAGGUGUAAAAUGUGUGAUUUUGCAUGUAAACAAAGUAGUUUGUUGAAGACACACAUGACGAUACAUGCAGGCUUGAGACCGGACAAGUGUUAGGUGUGUGAUUAUGCGUGUAAACAAAAUAAUUUGUUGAAGAUACACAUGAUUAUACAUACAAGCGAGACCGUACGAGUGUAAGGUGUGUGGUUAUGCAUGUAAACAAAGAAGUUUGUUUAAGACACACAUGAUGAUACAUACAGGAUAGAGACCGUGCAGGUGUUGAGUGUGUGGUUUUGCAUGUAAAAACAGUGGUCAGUUGAAGGCACACAUGAUGAGACAUACAGGAGAAAGAUCGUACAGGUGAAAUUGUGUGAUUUUGCAUGAUAAAACAGUGGUCACUUGAAGACACAUGUGAUGAUACACACAGGAGAGAGACCGUACACUUGUAAGAUGUGUGAUUAUGCAUGUAAAGAGAGUGGUUGAUUAAAGACACAGAUGAUGAUCCAUACAGGCGAGAGACCAUACACGUGUUAAAUGUGUGGUUUUGCAUGUGUCCAGAGUGAUGACAUGAAGAGACAUGUGAAGAAGCAUGCUUUGAUAUACUUGUAACCAUAGUGAUGAUUUGAAGAAACGCAUGAGGAUACAUACGGGAGGAAGACUUUAAAUAGUGUUAGGUGUGUGGCUAUCCAUAGAUCCAUGGGAGGAAGACUUUGAAAAGUGUUCGGUGUGUAGUUAUCCAUAUAUCUAUGGGAGGAAGACUUUAAAAAGUUUUGGGCGUGUGGUUAUGAUAUCCAUGUAUCCGUGGGUGGAAGACUUACAAAAGUGUUAGGUGUGUAGUUUCCAUGUGUCCAUGGGAUUCAGACUUUAAAGAUUGUUAAAUGUGUGGUUAUCCAUGUAACCAGAGUGGUCCCUUGAAUACUUGAAGAGGCACAUGAGGUUAUACAAGAAUAUAAACGAAGCAAGAGGAAAAUCAUGAACAUAUAAACACAAAUCUCUGAAACCAGUAGAGACCAAGUGAUGCACGUUUUUUUGCAUGACUUUAUGACACAAUAAUUUAACUCAUUGCUUUGUUAGAGCUGCAUUCCAUCUAAAUUUAAAUUUACUUGUCCAAUGGGUUUUAUAAUUUAAUAUGAACAGUGUCCGAUGCGCCUCCGAUGCGCACACAUCUCCUUACCUGCUUAGCCCAUCUUCAAUUUGAAAAUAUCCGUCUCAUAAUUCACUGUACACUAAACGUCGGAAAAAUGGCGUACUGUUGUUCAUAUUUCCCAUGAGUUUCAUAAUUUGCUUUUAAAGAGAUACUUUUUUUUAUAUCACAUAAACAGCUUUUAUUAUCAUUGAAAGCAGAUGGUGGAGUACUGAAAUUUGGGUUUAAUAGUUUAACUUGCUUGAACCGUUUGUAGGGGUUUUCAUAAAAUAAGCAUUGCUCUUCAAAAAUUGGUGUUCUCUUGGUUACUUGAACGUCAUUUACGACAAGAAGAUAAUUGCUUUGUUCACUUGUAUCUUUUUCAAGGUUUGCUAAAUAUGUUUUCUAGUGUUUUUUUUUCAUUGUGUUCUUCAUGUUCUACUCUCACUCUUAUUAGGAUUAUUCCAUCAAGAUGUUUAUGGUUAAUGUCUUCUUACACCUGCUUUGAAUGAUUUCACUUUUAAUAAAAAAAAUUUCGAUGGUA